AAAAAAAGUCUAAAAAAAAUUGUUUUUUCGGGUUAAUAUGGACUAUUCACAUUACAAUGAUGCUGAAAGAGCGCAUAUUUUGAAAUUACUUGAACAGAAGCAGAUGAGAGAUUUUAUGAAGUUUUAUUCAAACUUGGUUGAUAGAUGUUUUAAUGAUUGUAUUAAUGAUUUCACUUCGAAAACGUUAACAACAAAAGAGGAAACGUGUAUUCAACGAUGUACCGAUAAAUUUUUAAAACAUAAUGAAAGAGUAGGACAAAGAUUUGCAGAAUAUAAUCAAAACAUGGCGGCUCAAGCACAACAGAAUCUCGGUAGUCGAUCUGGUGGUGGAGGGUGGUUUGGUGGUCAGUAAAUUAUAAUAUUUGACUGAAGCUGAUUGCAGCAAAGCUUUUAUUGAUGGGGUUAUAUAAGAAAGUGUUCAGUAUUGAACGUGAGGGUAAGAUUUAAUUAUUAUUAAUAUUAAGACUCUAUAACGAGUGCACAUAUCACAUUUAUCCUAAAUACUUAUUAAUAGUAAGCGCAUUUUACUGAUAUUUGUUUAAAUAUAUUAUUUUAUUUUCUAAACUUCAAAUUCAAUUUGUUAUAUUUAACGAUAAAUCAAAUGCCUUUCAUCGAUGAGUUUAAUGUCCAUCAAAUUCCAAUACUGUACAUCGAGGAUUGGGUAUGAUGAGAUUCGGGUUUUAGUAUAAUUAUUAGGGUUUUGAUUGCAUUAGUAAUUUCCGUUUAAGGCUGAACCAAUUUAAUUAUCUGGUUUACAUUACAUUGCUCAUAAAAAUUAAUAAAAAAAAGUUUUAUAAAUUCCGUGACUUUCAAAUAAAGUCAC